AUGUCUUCAGCACAGAAACGAUCGAGUCAAGGAGACGGUACUGACCCGGCCUCUGAUUCGGGGAACCAGGCGUCCAAAAAGACAAAGCUCAGCCCGUCUGCCGUUGGCGACGAGACCUCGAUAGCCGGCCUCCGACGCCAGCUGGACGAAGCUCUGGACUUCAUCAACGGCUCUGGGCUUGCCUCAAAAGCACCUAAUACCCUCCAAGCUCUCCUGGAAUCUCGCCCAAAUGUUGCCGAGGACAUGGCACAGCAGAUCAGGACCAGGAUAUACAAGACCUGGGAGCCGCUCUGCGCCGAUACCUCGGGCAAGCAGACAGGCAUCCACUCGUCCGACAUCAGCUCUGCCCAGUGCUCUCAUUUCCCCGCGAUCGAGAGGCUGGCAAGGCUCCCCAACGAGCACAGUCUGCGGCUAGCGUAUGAGGUUGCCUUGUACCUCAAGGAUAAGUCAUACGGGGACAUGGACGAAGACCGCGGGUUUGGAAACCGCCCCUCGGACGAGCAAGGUGACAACUUACUUGCCCGCCUGAUCAGAGACCGCCGCGCUGCUGGCGAGACCUGGGACUUCAAAAGCGACUUGGACGACAUUGAACGGGAGGCGCAACAUAUGGCUCGUUAUGGAGUCGAUUCUUGGUAUCCCGAGUAUCGCGGGCUUCUUCGGGAGGCCGUCCGCUCUGCAAGUCAGUCAUCAGACGACGCAGGGGAUCAACCAGAACAGCACAGCCCUGUUCCAAGCCGAGACAGGCUUACAAAAGCAAAUCUGGCCAUUCUCAAUGCAUCCGAGAAGGAUCAAAAUAAACAAGGCCACCUGCCCCAAUCCUAG